AUGGCGAUGGACGGAAUGAUGUCCACGUCCUCGGGUCUAUCUUAUCACAAUGCCGGGGACUUUUACCCGAGAAAGUUCGGCCCGAAGCCGGACGUGGUGCCGUCCGGGGUGACGGAGAGGAAGGUGGGGCCGCUGGAUAAACCGGACAUGGUGUCGGUGGAUGUCCUCAACAUCAAGGAUUCAGACGUCCCGAUGCACAGGAAGAAGCACGAGCACGACACCUACGUCCUGGGGACUAUUCACCCGUUCAGGAAGACGCACAGAUCCAUCUUUGGGAAGCUUCUGCAGGAGUUCAGGCUGGUGUCCUCAGACAGACGAUCGUGGAGGAUCCUGCUGUUCGGGGUGCUCAACCUGCUGUGCACCGGCUGUCUGCUGAUGUGGUGCAGCUCCACCAACAGCAUGGCUUUAACUGCCUACACGUACCUCACCAUCUUUGACCUCUUCAGUUUGAUCACCUGUCUCAUCAGCUCCUGGGUGACCAUGAAGAAACCCAGCCAGGUCUACUCGUUUGGGUUUGAAAGACUGGAAGUUUUGGCAGUUUUUGCCUCCACUGUUCUCGUCCAGCUGGGAGCUUUGUUCAUCCUGAAGGAAAGUGUGGAGCGCUUCAUGGAGCAGCCUGAGGUCCAUACCGGGCGUCUGCUGGUCGGGACCUUCGUCGCUCUCUUCUUCAACCUGCUGACUUUACUGUCGGUCAGGAACAAACCAUUCGCCUACGUCUCAGAAGCGGCUAGCAGCAGUUGGCUUCAGGAGCAUGUGGCAGAUUUAAGUCGAAGUUUGUGUGGCAUCGUUCCAGGCCUGAGCAGCGUGCUGCUGCCUCGCAUGAACCCCUUUGUCCUGAUCAACAUGGCGGGAGCUCUGUCCCUGUGCAUCACCUACAUGCUCAUCGAAAUCAACAACUUCAACGCGGUGGACACGGCGUCUGCGGUCGCCAUCGCCCUCAUGACCUUCGGCACCAUGUAUCCCAUGAGCGUGUACAGCGGCAAAGUGCUGCUGCAGACCACGCCCUCCCACAUCAUCGGGCAGCUGGACAAGCUUCUGAGAGAGGUGUCGACUCUGGACGGGGUGCUGGAGGUCCGAAACGAGCACUUCUGGACUGUUGGCUUUGGAUGUCUGGCUGGCUCCGCCCACGUCCGGAUCCGCCGCGACGCCAACGAGCAGCUGGUUCUGGCUCACGUCACCAACCGGCUGCUGCCGCUCGUCUCCACGCUGACCGUGCAGAUCUUCAAAGACGACUGGUCCCGGCCCCUCCUCACCGGGGCCCUCUCCUCCUCCUCGUCCUCCUCGCCCGCUGCCUCCCCGCUGGGUGCUGCCGAUGGCUACGCCGCCCUCGCCUCAUCGCUGCCUCCUCUGCUCUUGUCCCCGGGAGGAGACUUCGACCCGCUGACCUCCACCCCCUCCAAACCCACCAGCCCCCCUCCGGAGUUUUCCUUCGACACUCCGGGGAGGAACGUGCAGCCGAUGGUCCUCGCCGCUUUGGGACACCACACCCACAGGCCGUACGGAGGCCUGGGACUCUCCUACGGGUCGACCCCCUACACAGGGAUGCUGAAUCAGGGCCUGGCGCGGCCUGGUGGCGGGAUGGGACUGGGCACACAGGGUCUGGGGGUCGGGCUCGGACUGGGCGUGGGCAGUGGCGGCGGGCCGUCCUCUCAGAGCUACAGAACUGCGUUUGGCGGGUCGACGGCGCCGCUGCGCUUCGGAAACCCUCUGGCUUCACAGUCGCAGUACCGACAGUACCGGCCGUGACCGCUCCGGCGUGUUCAGGACUUUCGGGUACUCGAAAUUCAUUUGUGACGGUCGGCUCCUCGGGAACGUCGAGUCAGGCAGCGGCGUCACAGCAUCGACAACGGCGCCAGUUUCUGGUGUUAGAUGUCGAUGACUUCAGAGGAGCGAUGGUGGUGAUGUAUUUAUUGUCCGGACAAGGAGACCACCGCGUAUCUUUGAGUGCUUUCUUUGUUAUGGGACUGAUCGUGAGGUUUGGCGGUUAGAAAGUGGCGUGCUCGUACUUUGUAAGCUUUUUUUUCCUGCAAACAUUCCUUAAAAAAAUAAAAGUCUUUGAGUCUGAAA